AUGCAGAGACCAGAAAUGAAUCAGCAGAGUUUAUCUUCGCUCAUCAACAAGAUAAGGCUCUUAAGUCUUUACCUUGAGCGAGAGGACUGGAUUGAGCUGGUUGAAACUGAAGAUUCGACUAGCUCUCCCGAAACUCAGUUUCAACCAGCUCAAUCCAGUCCUCUCGCUCAAGGUUCUUUGAUGACCAGUGGAGAACGUGGUGUCUCUUCUCCAUUACCAGCUGAGCUGAAAAAAACUGGCGUAGUACCAAUGAAGCAGGUCAUGAGUGGAUCAUCGAGAGAAUAUUCUGAUGACGAUGACCUUGAUGAAGAGAAUGAAACCACUGGUUCCUUGAAACCAGAAGACGUCAAAAAAUCCAGAAGGAUGCUGUCAAACCGAGAGUCAGCAAGGCGAUCUAGAAGGAGAAAGCAGGAGCAAACAUGUGAUCUCGAAACACAGGUCAAUGAGCUAAAAGGUGAACAUUCAACACUUCUGAAGCAACUGAGCAGCAUGAAUCACAAGUAUGAUGACGCUGCUGUUGGCAAUAGAAUACUAAAAGCUGACAUUGAGACAUUAAGAGCUAAGGUGAAAAUGGCGGAAGAAACUGUUAAGAGAGUGACAGGAAUGAAUCCACUGCUUCUCGGGAGAUCAAACGGACAUAACAACAACAACAACAUCAGAGUGCCAUUAACUGGUAACCACAGGAUGGAUUCUUCUUGCAUCAUUCCAGCUUUUCAACCACAAUCAAACCUAAACCAUUUGCCAAAUCCCAACAUUGGCAUGCCAAGACUCGAUAACAGUUUCGCUCCUCCUCCUCCUCCAUCCGUAAACUCCCAAACAAACUCUCACUUGCAGAGGAUAAGAAAUGCGCAAAAUCACCAUGUUGCUCCAAGCACUAGUCCAUAUGGCUGGAAUCCUGAACCUCAGAACGAUACAUCAUGGCCAAAGAAAUGCAUAGACUGA